AUGGUCAACCUGAGUAUCCUAGGAGCUAACCCUUACGUCCAGAAUCAUCACCUGAGGGUGAUUGGCGUUGCUAUGACGCUCGGCUCCAUUCUCGUUUCGAACUUCUUCCUCGUUUAUUUCCAGGCAACGGACGCGAACGUCAGUUCAGAGUGGGGCAUCUUCUUCGUUCAGCCAGUCGCCGAGUGGAAUACGUGGUGGAAGCCUGCGCACGAAAUCGUCUGUGAAAUUGCUGGGAAUAGCACGCUUGUGGAGGCCUACGAGUGGAAAGAGGACUUCAAGACCACAUUCGGGAACGCAAACUUGAAUCAGCUGUGCGACGCGCUCUACAAGCUCAUGAUGGUUGCGCUUGCGGCGGGCUUCCUCAUGUUGGCCACCGCAGGGGCGCUUGGCGUUCUUGUCAUCUAUUCCAAGAUGCAAGGCGACCCUGAGCUGCAGUCGCACAUGUACUACGCACAUUGCAAGUCGGCGAUGGGCUUCGUAACUGCUUGUACGCUCUUCAUUCUCCUUUGCGCUGCGGCGUUCAUGGGAACUUUCCAACUCACAGAGACUGGAUCAUCAUUAUCAUUCUCACUUAGAGAGGCGGGAAUCGUCACGAUUGUCAUGAGUCUAAUGCAAGGACUAGUUAUCUUUGCGUAUCAGAGAGACCGCGCUUUGCUUUCGACAAAGUUCGAGUUCGAACAACUAGACUGGCGUGCGGUUGAUGACGCAAAAGAGGCCUAUCGGAAGCUCAUGCAGUAUGACAUGGCGCGACUUGAAGCUGCUAAGUAUGGCGGUCUCCAAUCGCCUCAGGAAGUGGCUCGUCAGGCGAUGGACGAAAACCUGCAGGGCCACGACAAGUACGUGCUUACGCAUUUGAACCCGUGGUAG